AUCCUACUUUAUCGCCUUUACGUCACAGGAAGUGUGGUCCAUGUUUGUGUGGUGCACGUGUGUGGCAUAGUUUUAAGACCAGAACGAGAAUUAUGGUUAAUUUUCGUCAUAGAACAAAGGGAAAAGGGAAACGAUGGAAGAAAGGACACAGUUCAAGUUCGAAUCCUGAAAUCAAAAGAUAUAGAAAUGUGGCAAAGUCUAAAUUUUUUCAGGAACAUUCUGGUGAAGGCAAUCUCACUUCAGAAGCAUUGAAGAAGCACAAUGCAUUCUUAGGUGCAGGCAGAAGUAGCUCAGAGGAAUUGCAAGAUGAUGACGGAGAUGUAACUUUUGGAGGGACUUUCAAAACAUUUCAGACAUUUGCUAGUGAUUGGAGUCAGUGUUCAAAUGUGUCAUUCAACAAGUUACUGAAGGGAUUCUGCUCAAAUUCGGCACUUCACAAAGAAAUGUUGGCUGUUCUGGCUGCUGUUACUGAGGUCAUCAGAACUGGUGGAGGUAAAGAGACAACGGUUGAAUACCUGGGUGCACUGAUGACAACUCUUGACGUUUGUGAAUCAGAAGAAUCAGUGACAGCAGUUGUCAUGUUACUUGGGAUGGGUAUUAAGAAGGUUCCACAUGAAGUACUGAAACUUAAAUACUCAGAAAUGGCAAAGACAUUUGUGAACUUUCUUGGCAAGUUUGCUGAGUCUGACAACUCUGCUCUGCUGAGAUCGCUGAUUGGUUGUCUGUCUGUGUUGCUACAAGCACAGGAGUUGGCAGUGUGGUCCAGUUCUUCCACAUUGCAAGUGUUUGACUCAGUUUUAACCUUCAUAACACACUCCAAACCAAAGGUACGCAAAGCAGCACAGCAUGCCAUAUGUGCAGUUCUGAAGGGCAGCAGUCUAAUGUUGAGUAAAGAUGCUCCAGAACAUCAUCCGGCUGCUUCGCAUGUAGCUAAGUAUUUGAUCAAGCAAAUUGAGAGUGGGGCGUCUACAACCACAUUACAUACUCUUGGCUUGCUGAAGGAGGUAUUUGCUACAUUUCCCAAACCACAACUAAAGGCUUUGUGUGAGAGUGUCCUUAAGGUAAUGACCCUUGGUAACAUUCUGGUUACAUCAUGCUGCAUGCAGAGCCUACACAGUCUGUUUGUGUCACGGCCUCCUUCCUCAUCUUUACCACCACAGCGUAAUGCUCAGUUGAUAGUAGCAUUGUUUGACUAUCAACCAGCUUCUAGUGACACCCAGGCAACUCUGGCAUGGCUUGCUGUCUUACAAGAGGGUUACAUUAAUCUAGCAAGGCUGGACCUCUCUCUGUGUUUGGCACAUUUACCACGUAUCUUCUCUACCAGCACUCGCUUGUGGCUUUCUGACAAGGCAGAGGUUAUGAGUGCUGCCACCUUAACUUUGAAGGCUGUGACAGAGGAUUGUGUUGCAACAGCAUGUUCUGCUGAACUAGUCAAGACUUAUUAUCAGACACUUGGAAGGUUAUUUGGUGUUAUUGAAAAUUGCCUCACCUAUCAGUACCACUCAUCAUGGCGUCAUGUGUUGCAUCUUCUGGCUGUGUGGUUCGAGGUAGGAGGUGCAACAUGCAGUGGAUUUAUGGUGUCCUGCCUCAAACUGCUGGCUGAGCUGAGAGACUCAUACAGGUUUUCUAACAUAAAUGAACUAGAGUUUGCUGUGGGCAGAGCCAUCCGUUCAAUGGGACCUGAGAUUGUGCUGAAUGCCAUUUCACUACAGAUAACUGGAGAGGAGACAAACUAUGAGUUCAAACGCAGCUGGUUGCUACCAGUACUACGAGAAAAUAUGUGUAGUUCACGCAUUAAGUUUUUUCUCAGCUACUUCCUUCCCUUGGCAACUGUCUGCAAGAAGCGAAGUAUUGCUCUGCAAGAUGUGGGUGAUGAAGUUGGAGCCCACAGCUUUAAGCUUCUGCAGUCUCAGAUUUGGGCUCUUCUUCCAUGCUUCUGUAAAAAUCCAACUGAUCUAAAGGAUGACUUCAAGGUUAUUGCGAAAAUUCUUGGAACAGCUAUUGGAGAGUACAAAGAUCUACGACUGGAUACAAUGACAGCCUUACGCAAGCUGAUAACGAGCAGCCAAGAAGCAAACAAUGAGGAGAAUGUGAAGGAGAUGGCUCGAUUUGCCAAGAACUACUUGCCCAUCCUCUUCAACCUGUACACUUCUAAACCAAAUGGCACAGACGAGGAGGGUCAGCGGCUUGCUGCAUAUGAGACUAUCAGGGUUUACUUACAAAUUGCCAGUCCUGAGCUCUGCCAAGAAUUAUUUGAUCGAGCUUUGGAAAAGUUAAAUACUGGAGAUGUGGAUACAUUUGUAAAAGAAAGUGUUCUGGACCUCCUGCGAGCACUCCUACCUUAUCAGGACAAAUCACGGCUUGCUCUGUUGUAUUCCUGUUGUGAGGAUAGGUUGACCAAUACAAAAAACCUCCAUGAACAGAAGAAGGCCUACAGGUUGCUAGAGGAAUUGUGUGGGAGUAGUUCAGAUUCUUGUAAAGCUUUUGUGAGUGACAAUCUGCUGAAUUUACAGAGACUUCUUCUGCAUUCCCUGUCCACUUCAGCUGCCUUCAGCAAAGGACCACGUCUUCGAUGUCUUAGUCAUCUGGUGACAAGGCUGGAUCAAUCCCAACUGGAUAUGUUGAAGCAGAUUGUUCCUGAAGCCAUCCUCUGCUGUAAGGAUAUUAAUGAGCGGUGUCGCUCAGCAGCUUACAGUUUGUUGGUUCUGAUUGGUCAUGUGAUGCAGAAACUGGACUAUUCAGGAGAAAAUACAAUGAAAGACUACAUGGGGCUGCUGCUAACUGGGCUUGCGGGUUCACCGACACUGAUAUCUGCAACCAUUCUUGCAUUGGCCAGAGUUACUCAUGAGUUCAGAGAUUCCAUGCCCUUGGACUUGGUGAAGAUAGUGUUGGAGAACAUAUGUUUGCUGUUGACUUCACACACACGAGAGACAGUGGCAUCAGCACUAAGUUUCAUCAAAAUGUUUCUCACUUCAUUUUUAUACGACACUGUUGCACCGGAAGUUUCUCUUAUUGUGAAGAGCAUUGUAGGAAUGACAGAAGACUGCAAACAUCAUUUUCGCUUGAAGACCCGUAACUUGUUUGAUCGUCUAGUCCGUAAGUUUGGAUUUGAAACCAUAGUGGCAAUAGUUCCAGCAAGUGACCUGAUCACUCAUAAACGAUUGCGGAAUCUGCGCAAGAUCCAUAGUAGGAAGAAGAAAAUGCAAGCCAAGGAUGCUAUAGAUGAAAAUGAGAGUGAUCUGGAAGAAUCAUUUUCAGUGAAAUCACGUCCUAAAAGCAUUGAAGAAAUCCUGGCUGAAUCAGAAGAAUCUGACUUGGAAGUAGAUGCAGUUCCUGCAGUAAAAUCAAAAAAGAAAAAGAAGGAUUUGAAUACAUGGAUCCAUGAGGAUGCAGAUAAUAUUAUAGACUUCACUGAUAGGACUGCUGCAAGGAAGAUAACUGCAACACAGCCUGGUGAACAGGGCAUUGUGGCAGUGCAGAACAAAAAGAAAAAGCAGUCAGCGUUUAAAACAGCGUCAGAUGGCAGGCUUAUUAUUACAGAGGACAACAGUAGUGGUGAAGAUGAACAUGCUCGCAACUUGGACAGUGAUAAUGAAGAAGAGGACGGGAAGUCUUUGAGGGCACCACUUGGACGGAAGAGGAAGUUUAGUGAAAGCACAGAUGCAAGUCAGCCUGCCAUGAAGUAUCAGGUGGGAGGUUCGGGUAUUCAUCGACCUACUAAGCGGCCAUCUGGGCAUUUUCACGGGACUUCAGUGGCAACUGGGGCUGAGUACCAAGCCAGAAAAGCAAAGGGUGAUAUUAAGAAGAAGGGGAAACCUGACCCAUAUGCAUACCUACCCCUCUCUCGCAAAUUGCUGAGUAGACGUAAGAAGAAGAGUGCGGGCCAGUUCACAAGUUUAUGCCAUGCUGCUCGUAAAGGUGCACAGAAGGGAAUUCAAGCCAGAAAAAAGGACACUAGAAAUAGGAAAUGAAAGAUCUUGUAAUCUAGCAAAUGUCAGGAUUAAAUUAUUGUUAUAUUUAUUUUGAAUUCUUGUAAAAUGUGAAUAUUGUUAUUUUGAUGAUAUCGGCACAUUGUGGCAAAUAUUACAGUAAUUUAUGUUCAGUUUUGAA